GGGUGAACGCGUCCCAUCAUGCAGCGCGCGCGCCAGUCCUCCCUCACUCGCUCGCUCACCCCCGCAGUAGGAGACUCACAUCCAGGGAUCGGACUAAUGGCGGCCGGCAAAUCCGUGCGUUGACACGAAAUCCACAACAGCCGCUCAGGUGCCAGCCUAUUCGGUUGGGCGCAGGGCGACGUCGCAUCGCUACGCGAACGGUAAAAAAGGGAGGGUUGAGGGGUAACAAUCGGCGACUUCUAGCAGGACUUUCCUAUUUUUAAACAUGGAUGAACAGCCCGGAGGAGGAGGAGGAGGUGGUGGAGGAGGAGGAGGAGGAAUGGCCGCCCAGAGGCAGCAGCAGCCCGCACCGCAGCAGGGCAACAACAGCAUUAAUCCUCAGAUGAACAGCGCUGGAGGAGCGCCUAUGGUUCAGCAACAGCAAGACGAGAUGCCCAGGCCCCAGCAGUACACCAUCCCGGGGAUUUUACACUACAUCCAGCACGAAUGGGCCCGUUUCGAGAUGGAAAGGGCGCAUUGGGAAGUGGAGAGGGCCGAGCUCCAGGCCCGAAUAGCAUUCCUCCAAGGAGAAAGGAAGGGGCAGGAAAAUUUAAAGAAUGACCUUGUUAGAAGAAUAAAAAUGUUAGAAUAUGCGUUAAAGCAAGAAAGAGCAAAAUACCAUAAAUUAAAAUAUGGGACAGAGCUUAAUCAAGGUGAAGUGAAAAUGCCUAGCUUUGAAUCAGAAGAUACCAAAGAUACAGAGGUCUCAGCCAUACCUCAGAACAGCCAGUUAACGUGGAAACAGGGCAGACAACUUCUCAGACAAUAUCUUCAGGAAGUAGGUUAUACGGACACAAUACUGGACGUCCGGACGCAGCGAGUGCGGUCAUUACUAGGACUGUCCGGCUCAGAGCAGAAUGGUUCCGUGGAAACCAAGAACCUAGAGCAAAUUCUAAACGGAGGCGAAUCUCCAGCCAAAAGAAAGGGACAAGACAUGAAAAGGAAUCCAGAAGUUCUGGAGACAUUUAAUUUUUUAGAAAACGCUGAUGAUAGUGAUGAAGAAGAUGAUGAUGAGGGUGAUAUAAUGGAGGAUGUGCCUGACAGGAGCGAUAAACGCAGAAUAAAAAAACAUAAGAUUAAGGUCGGAAAUGAAGGUUUGGCUUCAGACUUGCCGGAUGACCCUGACACAGAGGACGCACUCAAAGAGUUUGACUUUUUGGUGAACGCGGAGGAUGGAGAAGGUGCUGGGGAAGCUCGGAGUUCUGGAGACGGCACAGAGUGGGCUGAGCCUCUGCCAUUCACGCCUGGUGGGGGCAAGUCCUUUAUCAUGGGUUCUGAUGACAUGUUGGAAAGUGUGCUGGGCCUGGGAGACCUCGCUGAUCUGACUGUGUCCAAUGACGAGGCUGAAUACAGCUAUGAUCUGCCAGCCAAUAAGGAUGCAUUCAGGAAGACAUGGAAUCCCAAAUAUACCCUGCGUAGCCACUUUGAUGGAGUGCGAGCCCUGGCCUUCCAUCCUGUUGAGCCGGUGCUGGUCACAGUCUCAGAAGAUCACACGCUCAAACUGUGGAACCUCCACAAGACCGUUCCUGCCAAAAAAAGUGCCUCUUUUGAUGUGGAGCCUAUAUACACGUUUAGAGGGCAUAUUGGGCCUGUGCUCUCAUUGGCUGUGACCUCGAGCGGUGAGCAGUGUUUUAGUGGUGGAAUCGAUUCAACAAUACAAUGGUGGAACAUCCCCAGCUCGAACGUAGACCCUUACGACACAUAUGAUCCCAGUGUGUUGGCUGGUACGUUGUUGGGUCACAGCGAUGCCGUUUGGGGAUUGGCUUACAGUGGGAUCAAGAACCGUCUGCUCUCCUGUUCAGCUGAUGGGACAAUCAAGCUGUGGGACCCUCAAGAGAAGACCCCGUGUCUCAGCACUUUUAACUCCGAUAAAGAUCAUGGCGUUCCCACAUCAGUCGAUUUUAAUGGGUGCGAUCCAGCUCAUAUGGUGGCGUCUUACAACACAGGAGAUGCUGUUGUUUAUGAUCUGGAGACGUCUCAGCCUGUAGUUGUGUUCUCUGCACAGGGAGAGAGCGCUAUUCCUUUUGGGAAUCACAUCAAUAAAGUAGUCACUCACCCCACCCUGCCAAUCACAGUCACCGCUCAUGAGGAUAGACACAUCAAAUUCUUUGACAAUAAAUCAGGUAAAGCCAUCCAUGCGAUGGUGGCUCACUUGGAUGCUGUUACUAGUCUGGCUAUUGAUCCAAAUGGCAUCUACUUGAUGUCAGGAAGUCACGAUAGUUCAAUCCGCUUGUGGAACCUGGACAGUAAGACUUGUGUACAAGAAGUCACCGCUCACAGGAAAAAGUCGGACGAGGCCAUAUACGACGUUGCCUUCCACCCAUCGAAGGCAUACAUAGGAAGUGCCGGAGCCGAUGCCCUGGCCAAAGUGUUUGUAUAAAGGCACGUCCGUAUUACCACAUCUGUAAAGACAGACAGAGAGAAAGAAAAGACUGCUUCACUGCCUUGUGUAACAAGAGUAGCAUUUCUCACACUACAUUGAAGUGGCUUCCACCAACCUUCGCUGUCAAACUCACACCACACACACAACGAAGACCAGGUGCCAAGAAGGGGACGUGCCGUUUCUUUUUUCGUGAAGCCAGUGUGGAGUGCUCAAUCAGUUUUAAUCUUUAUUUUUGUUUCCUGAAAGAAAAGCAAGAAAAAAAUACCUGUAAUUUACUGUAAGCUGGAGUGAAACCAGUGCUUGUAGCCUUUUGACUGGUUCUGAACUGAGCUGAUAAUGUGUCCUGUAGGUUUGUUUCAGUGACCAUGGAGUGGCUGUUUAUGUUCAUCCAUCAGUAGGUUUUCAUUGACCGUCAUCAGGGGCACCUGAGGAAUCCAGUCCUGCCCUGCCGAGCCAUAAAACCAGACCCCAAUCUCAUCCUAAUGUAGCGUGCAAACCAAUACAGUUAAACUCAGUCAACCUUCAUACCUUUAGCGUUUGUUUCUUUUUUUGUGUAAAAAAGUAUAGUUUUUAUAAUCAAUUUUAUAUAAAUAAAGACUGUCAUAAAAGCGCUGAAAAUCACAUUUUUAAAGGGACUAUAAUCCCACUCGAGCCCUCCGUUUCCCGCGGUUCUCCUUCACGAAGGUCUUGUGUAUCUGGAAAGCCUGGAUGAACACUCUCCUUUACACUUGCUACAUUGCUUUAAUGUUGUUUUAUCAUCAUGUAACGGAGAGACUGUAUGCUAGUAGUAGCACAGCGCGUGGUGACAUGAGAGCUUAUAGGAAUCUACAAAUAAACUGCAGCAUCCUGUCACUAUGUGAUGUUUCUGUACACCUUACUGUAAAAUGAGUUGAAGUAUCACAAGUUAGAAAUCCGAACGCUAUUUAUUUUCAGUCUGUGGAUAGUCUUAUCCUUUGUUUAGAGCGCAUAGCUCGACGGUGACUAAAAUGUCGGGCUGUUGCUAACCAAACGGAACAGGUCAUUUGAUAGAAAGUGAGAUUAAUGUGAAAGCUCUUUUUAAAACACGGUUUCUUAGUUGGCUCAGAAUUGCGUUUAAAUCCCAUCACGAUGCCGGAGAUCAGGUGAGAACUGUUUUUAAAGUUAAAGGGAUGGUUCACCUCAAAAUGAAAAUGGUGUUGUCGUUUACUUGCCUUCGUGUCUCUAUAAAGCAAUAUGACCGAUUUCCAUUUGUGCGACCUAAAAGAAGCUAUUUUGAAAAAUGUCCUUUUGUGUGCGUGUGUGCGUGUGUGUGUGUGUGUGUUUCCAUGGAAAAGAACUUCAUGUUGGUUUAAAAUGACACGAGGGUGAUUAAAUGACGACGUCACAUUUGGAAUUUGAAUACAGCGUAAUAUUUUCUUUGUGGUCGUUCUGCCCCUAAUCAUUUUUAAAGGAAACGAUGCAGUUUAUGGUGUAACAAAAGACCUUUUUGUUUGUGUAAUGCAUGAUUAAUACUAAAAAUAAAGUAUUUUUUCUAGUCUUCCAAAAGUUCUAAUCAGUUUGAAGAGUUUUGAUGAGUUUUGUAAGGUUUUUGAUUUACUACGAAUCAACAGAUUUUAAAGAUUGUACCACAUAGCAAAACAACUGUUGAAAAGUAAUGUAUAUAAAAUGUCUAUAAUAAAUAUUAAAUGGUGUAUCUGUAUAUGCAACAUG